AUCCGCGUCUCGCUCGCACCGACCGCGUCGCGUCGCGCCUCUGAGGUGCACUCGCUGUUCCUAUUAUUUUCGUGACGGGUAUUGCGCCGAAGCCGAUUCCCGCAUCCUCGCCCCCGAGACGCGAGGUCCGGUCCCGCGGCGGAGGCGGCGGCGACGGCCGUUCGCAUCGCGCGCCAGUCCGCACCCGAGACCGACUGUCGCAUUAGUCCGAGCCUACAGAACGGUCGGUGCCUCUCGACGAUUUGUUGAAAUUGAAAAUGCGGCACGUUCGUAGCGCGUAUCACGGUGGGUGACAGGCGGCGGGCGGCGCGCUCCGCGGUGCGGUUUGGAAAUUCGUCAGAACCGUGACGUGUCAGUGACAGUGAGCGGAUUGUAUCGUAGCGUGCCGAUGAUACACGUGAAUGUGGAUGGAGUGCGGAGCGACUGUGGAAGAUGCAUUUCAAAGAGUCGUUCGCGAUGAGCGAUCGACCGAACGAACGCGGUCGCCGCAACUCUCGUUGCAAGGGUGCUGGCGUCAAGAUGGAGCACUUCCAGGCGGCGCUGGAUCCUCGCAAACAGGAGCUACUGGAAGCGCGCUUCUUAGGCGCCAAGGUCAGCGCAAGGGAGAUACUAGUAGAAACUCGGCGGACGCCAGAAUACAAGACGAUGUCAGCUGGGUCACAAAUUCAGAUGGCACCACAAACCACUGUCAACACGGGGCAACCACUUUACAAUCAGGACUCCAAUAUGAGCACAGGGUCAUCUCAUAGUGAUAAAGAAGUUGAUGCUUUAACUCCGGAAAAGUCUGCAGCUAUGCGAGGCUCAACUGCAGGACCGGGUGUGGGGCUGGUGCCACCCGGUGGUGCUACUCCUACUAUAGCUGUGCCUGAGAAGAAAAGGAAACGAAAAGGAGAUGAAGGUGUGGGAGGUGGUGGUGGGAAACAAAGGCACAAUCCAGACAAGAAUAUCCGGGAGUACUUCUCCAAGCAUCCCUCGUCAAGUCCUGUGAGACACACUGGCGCCAAAUCUCCUUCACCCCAGGGAGCUAAUUAUCCUAUGGUUUUUCAGUACCCACCGUCACCUUCCGCGUUGCAUACAGCAUCUCAGCAAAGACCCCACACUACUGUUAAACAGGUUCAGACAGAACUGACAUGUCAGAGGAUACAAGAGUUAGAAACUCAAGCAUCGUCUGACUUAGAACUAAGAAAUAAUAAAAUAGAGGAAUUAACGAGGACUAAUGAAGAAUUAAAGCAUCAAGUGCAAGCGCAGAGCAAGGUUAUAGAACAACAUAAGUCACACAUUAACAAAUGUAUAGAAGUGGUUAAGAAAUUGUUGAAUGAGAAAAGCACAAUUGAAAAGAAAGAAGCGAGGCAACGGUGUAUGCAGAACAGACUGAGGCUGGGACAAUUUGUGACGCAACGGGUCGGCGCCACCUUCCAGGAGAAUUGGACUGAUGGAUAUGCAUUUCAGGAACUCACAAGGCGGCAAGAGGAAAUAACGGCGGAAAAAGAGGAGAUCGACAGGCAGAAAAAAUUGUUGAUCAAAAAGCGGCCCGUCAACAGCGAGGGCGGCGGCGGGCGCGGCAAGCGCACUUCCAGCGCCGCGCCCGCCACGCCGCAGCCCUCGCCGCUGCACAACGGCACCGACGCACCCACCUUCCUCAAGCCCGACCCGCUGCCCAGCAUGACCUACCAGGAGUACUACGAGGCCGAUGAGAUUCUCAAGGGUAUUUUUUUAAAAUAUAAACAUUUAUUACAGUUAAGACAGAGUGCACUUAAAAAAGAGGAUGCAGAUUUGCAGCUAGAAAUGGAAAAGUUAGAAAGGGAAAGAAAUCUUCACAUUAGGGAACUAAAACGGAUACACAAUGAAGACCAGAGUCGGUUCUCACAGCAUCCUGUACUCUCAGAAAGGUAUCUCUUGCUGAUGCUACUCGGUAAGGGUGGUUUUAGCGAGGUCCACAAAGCGUUCGACCUUCGGGAACAACGUUACACGGCUUGCAAAGUCCACCAACUAAAUAAAGACUGGAAGGAAGAUAAGAAGGCCAACUAUAUCAAGCAUGCGUUGCGGGAGUACAAUAUCCACAAGGCGCUAGACCACCCUCGCAUAGUCAAGUUAUAUGAUGUAUUUGAAAUAGAUGGAAAUUCAUUUUGUACAGUUCUAGAAUACUGUAAUGGACAUGAUCUCGAUUUUUAUCUUAAACAGCAUAAGACUAUCCCCGAGCGUGAGGCCCGUUCGAUCGUAAUGCAAGUGGUGUCCGCGUUGAAGUACCUCAACGAGAUCAAACCGCCCGUCAUACAUUACGAUCUGAAGCCGGGCAACAUACUACUCACGGAGGGCAAUGUCUGCGGCGAGAUCAAAAUCACGGACUUUGGCCUCUCCAAGGUGAUGGACGAGGAGAACUACAAUCCGGACCAUGGCAUGGAUCUCACUAGCCAAGGGGCGGGUACUUAUUGGUAUCUGCCGCCGGAAUGUUUUGUCGUCGGUAAAAACCCACCAAAGAUAAGUAGCAAGGUGGACGUGUGGAGCGUCGGUGUGAUCUUUUACCAGUGUUUAUAUGGCAAGAAGCCUUUCGGGCACAAUCAGAGUCAAGCGACGAUACUGGAGGAGAACACCAUAUUGAAAGCGACCGAAGUACAGUUUGCUAACAAACCCACAGUCAGUAACGAGGCUAAGAGUUUUAUCCGCGCGUGCCUGGCGUACCGCAAGGAGGAGCGCAUCGACGUGUUCGGGCUGGCGCGGCACGAGUACCUGCAGCCGCCCAUGCCCAAGUCGCGCGGCGCAGGCGCGGGCGCGGGCGGCGGCGCGGGCGCAGGCGGCGCGGGGAGCGCGGGCGCGGGCGGGGGCGCGGCCGCCUUCAGCUCCAACAUGUUCGGCGCGGGGUCCAGCUCCUAGCCGCGCCUCCGCCGCCCGCGCCACCCGGCGGCGCAGUGACGGGCGCGGCGCGGCUGGCGGCGCGGCGGUGCGGCGCGGCGGACCGACGGAACCACUCGUGUGCGCGACACUUAUACUUUCAAACUUGUCGGUUGAACAUACAACUUGUAAAAUGACUAAAAUAUCAUUUACGGAAUAAAAUUGUUUAAGAUUAUGCUUACUGUUGACCGUAUUUAUUGAGCGGGUGAUAAAAUGUGAUUCUCCAUUUGUGAGUGAUGGUUUUAUCCUUUUAUCACUAGAGAGGAACCCUUGGGACUGUCCCUUGCAUAUUAUAUAAGUUAUCCCUAUUAAAAAAGUUAAAAUAUUAGUGAACGUUUUUUAUUUAUCGUCAGCAGUCGUGGAGUGUGCGUAUCAUCACAUGUGCCAUGUGAUGCCGUGUGAUUUGCUGCUCGCGUAUAGUGCGUCGAAUGAAUACAAGAUUUUAUUGUAAAGAUUGUUAAUUAAGUAAUCGUGACUAGAAUACUUCACGCAAGCCUGUAUUUGCUCUACUGUUAAGUUAUUAUACAUGUUAAGCUGGAAAUGUGAACUCUUGUCAAUCCGCAACUGUAAUCUGCUACUCUGUACUUAUUCAUAAGUUCAUCCAUCACCUCAUUACUACACAUUGUGAUUGUAUAAAACAACCCUCAUUUCCUCAGUGUUUCUUGGGAAGCUUAUAUAGUUGUGGGGUACCUAUUAUUUCCAACAAAGACUAUGAACUUUAAUAAUGUGAGCAUGUGUGUGAUUUUAACAGUGAUAAACUUCACACAAUGUAAAAAGUAAAUUGAUAGGAAACAGCUGUAUAAUGUAAGGUCAUAUCAGUUUUUUGAAUUAAUAAAGAUAAUUCGAUAGGUCACAGCUCAGCGGUGCCAAGAGGACUGACCGAAAUGUUAUGUAAAUAAAUUCGUUACGAUGUU